UUCAUCGAUAUCUUGGCGAUCCGACUCGAUGUCUCGUGCGGGUUGGAGUUGAGAUACCGAGAUGUCGUAGUUCACAAUUCAGUAUGAUGAGGCACGGGAUGGAAACAGGGAGGGCAACCACGCGAGCAAUGACGCACCUCAUCUCUUCGCGAUACGUGUGACCAGCAGCCAGACGCCCAAACAACCCCUAUAACGUCCCGCCAGCGCCUCCCUGCGGCCCCGCGAAACGCCCAAGCAGCGACCUCUCACAGGCAGAGCCAGUUGAUGACGCGCCGCGAAGACCCCUAAUCGCCAGCGCCGCCCGCUACCGAAAGUCGUUACUGCAGCCGCUAAAUGCUACUCACUCCGCGCACCUAUUCCCUCGCCCAAACCGACACGCAGCCGGGAGCUUCGUAUUUCCUGCUCACGCCGUCGCAAAAGGAGAUCCUCGCCGAGGAACAGCGCGCGCGCAGAAUGCUGCUGCUCCACCAGACGGGCAGCGUCAAGGUGGGCGAGGUUGUGCGGUACACAGUCACAUACACCCCCAGCGAAGACCGCAUCCUCCCUGCGCCGGCCUUUCUGCAUGUCCGCAUACGCAACACGUCUGCCCUGCCGCUGCGAGCCGCGUAUCUCCACGGGCCCUACACCAUCCAUGUCGCCGCAUAUCCCUCCACCUUCAACCCGAACAAGAAAGUCGAGUCGCCAAAGACUUCCGGUGUCCCCGAGUUUGAGCCCAACUUGAAAGCCGGUGGCUACUGGAACGCCAGGCUGACCGUCCCGGAGCACAUCAGACAGGGCGACGAGUGGAGGAACUUCGACGGUACGCCCAAGAGCGCAACAUGGAUCAUCGAGGUCGACUCCCAAAUCCUCUUCUCCAACUCCGCCUCUGUGAGCUACGAGCUGCUGGUCGCCCGUGAUGAGAGGUCACUCGACCUUGGGUUCACUGCUGUCACGGGAAACAGCUCCGGAACACCGGGUAAGGUCCAAGACCACCAGCAGGGCAAGAAGUCGCACACAUCAAACCACCCUGCGCAGCCCAAGGGCGUCUUCUCCAAGGCGAUCAAGCUGGUGGUCGAUGACACAACGAGUCUGUGGAACAAGCCCGAACUACCAGAGUACAAGGAUGACGGAGGUCGCACCGACAUGCGCAAGUCGAAGGAUGUCGAGUACGAGCAGAAAGAGGAUACCCGCAAACAGAAGAGCAUCCAUCUGGUCAUGGUUACACAUGGUCUGCACAGCAACCUUGGCGCCGAUAUGCUGUACUUGAAGGAGAGCAUCGAUGCAGCGGCAAAGCAGGCCCGAGAGGACCGCAGGAAACGACGUCAGGAGAAAAGGGGGCAGAAAUUCAAGACCGGCAACAAGGAGGCUGCAGCUACAGCACCCCUGUCUGGUGGCCAGGAAGACAUACCGGAUGAAGAGGAGGAUGAUGACGAAGAGGACGUCAUUGUUCGAGGCUUUGACGGCAACGUCGUUCGUACUGAGCGUGGCAUCCAGUAUCUCGGUAAGCGGCUCGCCAAGUACGUGCUGCGACUCACAUAUCCGGACCAGCCAUAUCUGCCAAUCAAAAAGUCUGUCGGCCAGAAGCUGAAUCCCUUCUCACCGACAAAAGACAAGCCGGAUGAGGGGAUUCCUGCGCACGAAGGAAGCGGCAUCCACCUCAGACCGCAGACACACAAGCAGAAACGAGCCUACAAGUUCACCAGCAUAAGCUUCAUCGGCCACUCUCUUGGAGGGCUAGUCCAGACUUAUGCAAUAGCAUACAUUCACAAGCAUUCGCCAGAGUUCUUCCUCCACAUCAAGCCUGUCAAUUUCAUCGCCCUGGCCUCACCUAUGCUGGGUCUCAGUAACGAAAAUCCAAUGUACGUGAAGUUCGCUCUAGACUUCGGCUUGGUGGGUAGAACUGGACAAGACCUUGGUCUAACUUGGCGCGCUCCCACGCUGGCGAAGAGCGGAUGGACCGCUAUGGUGAGUGGGUUCGGUGGACAGUCACAACAUCAAGAGCAGGAAGAUCCUGGCACCAAGCCUCUCCUCCGAAUUCUGCCCACCGGACCUGCUCACGUUGUCCUGCGCAUGUUCAGGAAUCGUACUGUGUACUCCAACGUGGUCAAUGAUGGUGUCGUACCUUUGCGAACUAGCUGUCUCCUGUUCCUCGACUGGCGAGGAUUGGGCAAAGUUGAGAAAGCGCGUCGCGAGAACGGACUCAUCGGCAGUGUUGCUGUGUGGGGCUUCAGCCAGUUGACAGGCCAGAACUCUUCACCUAACCCCUCGAGGAUAGGCUUUCCAGAUAACGACGAGGCAGAUUCUCCGUCUGGCAAUGGAGAUGAUACUGCAGUGCCUCUACCAGGUGUAGAUGUCACCAACGAAGACGACAGAGUGACUGCGUCGGAACCUGCAGCUCACCAAUUCCUAGACGGCCAGAAGCACCAUCCAGAUGAGACGGUACAAGGAAAUCCAGGUGUGCCAGUUUCUGAUCAGUACUUCCAGCCGCAGAAUACCCUAAUGCAGUGGUGGAGCUACAUUAGGCCUACAGGCAAGCAUACGUCGAAGGACAAGAAGAUGUUCACACGCAGCCAGACUGUUAUGAAGGACGACGACGAACAAGACACUGCAGAUAGCGCGGCGUCAUCACAGACCUUGCAGUCGAAGAAACGACCGCUGGCAUCGAGAGGUGACUCUACACUCGACCCGUCCAAGAAUUCUGCCGCGCCACCGAAGACGACAAUCUUCGAAUCGGCUGGAGACAUCAUCAACCCACCUACGCCCCCUACGUCAUGGAUUAUAGACCCCUCAACUCGAGCUCGCACCAUCUUCCAUGACCGUGUGUACCAUCCAGAGGACAUUCCACCACCGCCCGCCAGGAAAAGAUCUGCCAAUCGUUCUUUCUCUGGGGAAAGCAGCAAGUCGCAGGCUGUAGCUGUCACUGCCGAGGAGGGCUUGCGAGUGGAAGAGAAGAUUGCACGCGCUUAUCACAGAGACCUAUCAUGGCGUAAAGUCCUUGUGCGCCUCGAGCCUGAUGCACACAACAACAUUGUCGUGCGCCGCAUGUUUGCCAACGCCUACGGCUGGCCUGUGGUCAAGCACCUCUGCGACACUCACUUUGCGGCUACGUACUCUGCCGAAACCCGUGAUGAAGACGAGCCUGCGCUCGAUCGUGCCAAGGGCAUCGACGUGCCUGUCAGAGAGGACGGCGAGCAUGUCAAGGGUCAAGGAGACGCAGCACCACCCAUCGAGCGUACUGAUAGCGAACUCAGAGAAGUUCGCGACGAGCUUGCUCCUCUUGAGAACUCCUUCAGAUCGCCAAGGCGUAUGAACACAGCGGAUAGUAUCCGUAGCACCAGCUCGGCAGACUGGGACAACUACUUCGACGGUGCCACGAGUGAUGAGGAGGACGACAACGAUGAGCGCAAUGCUGUUCAGAAAUGGCUGCAGCUUGGCUAUCCACGCGCCGCGAGAACACCAACAUCACCAAUCCUUCCUCGCACAUCGAAUACCACUGGAACAUCAGACGCGGAGAUAUCUGACUUCUUGAGCUCGACAUCCGCAGCGUCUGCGCCAACACCGUUCGUCGACAUACAUCGAGGUCUUGGUGCAAGUCCCAGACAACCUGCUCGAAGCAAGGCGACAAGGGAUCCAGAAUCAGAAGAGCCAUUGGGCGAUCAAGCGGUUGAUGCCGUCCUCCCUCCCAGUCACCAAGUCGCUGCCAGUCCACCUGGCAGUCCAUCACUGCAUCUUAGCGAGGUCGGCUUGAGGCAUUCGCUAGAAAGCAGCCCAGACACCAACAUAGUGGCAAGUGGAAGUGGGGCGACCGAGCAGGUUGCGAGAUCAGUGAGCACAGCAAGGGAUAUGGAGCCCUCGUAGUGUGGAUGCUUUUGACACGAUUGAUGUUGCAUUUGAAUUACUCGCAUAGAUGGGCGAUUGCAUAAGAUAUACCCAGAAUUUAGUACAUGGUUUGUACAUGUUUUAUUUUGCCG